CAGGCGGCUGUGCGAUUUUAUUUAGUUUCGGUCUAGCACGCGCUACGCGCGGUUGUUGCAGAGGUGCGCCCUCUAUUUGACAUUAGACUGAAACUCGUACAAAUAAUUCGAUGUAUCAGUGCAUUUACUUAGAGAGUAUCCAAAAUUUAUGAGAUAAAAUGUGUGCCGCAAAGUGUUUUUUUGUUGCUUUCGCCCUUUACAUAAACCUCGUUAGCUCCUGGGACAUUGCAAUCACGACGGGGGACCAAUUAGAAUUUUACACAAACAAAACAAAAACGAAGAAUGAAGGCGAACGUUUCAGAGAUCUCACAGCCUUGGCGUAUGAUGCCGUCCACAACAUGUUGUUAUUCGUCGAUAAGCAAAACGAUAACGCCUCUAUAUUUAGCUUCAACUUAGCAACCAAGAAAUACCAGCCACUGGUCGGGAAACGAUCCUAUGAAAAUAUUCAAGGGUUAGCCUUUGAUCCUAUAACUGGAAAGCUCUUCUGGACCGACACAAAUGAAAGAAGCAUAUACUGGACUUCUUUAUGGCCAAGAUCAAAGAAAGAUAUCUAUGGAAAAGUCCUAAUCAAAAUGGAUUAUGAAAUACCGAGGGAUAUUGCCGUCGAUAGUUGUAGAGGGUACAUCUACUGGACCAAUACAAAUAUUACCAAACCAACCAUUGAAAGAGCUAGAUUUGACGGCAGUGAAAGGAAAAUCAUCAUUGACACAGAUAUCCACAUGGCAGUAAGCAUUGCAGUCGAUCAGAGGACAAGCAAACUGUAUUGGGCGGACGAUAAGGAGGGUAUACAUUAUGCGAUUGAAACAUCUAAUUUAGAUGGAUCGGGUAGAAGUAAAGUUUUAGUGGGAACAUAUCACCAGCCGAACGCACUAGCCGUAUCCAAAGAUUCCAUUUACUGGGUCGACUGGGGCUUCAAAUCUGUAUGGAAAAUCGAUAAAGACGCUCCACCAUAUACGGAUCCAGAAGAAAUUAUUACUUUCAACAAUGAAGUGCCCUUCGGCAUAGUCGCCAAUUACGAUAUUGCGGAUCAAACAAAGGGGAUUGCGGAUUGCAAAAACCUAAUGGAAUACGCACAAAAUAAAUCUCAAAUCAACGAAUCUUUCACAAUUCCAACGGACGCUGGAUUGUUUUGUUUGCACGGUGUCAAGAAUGGUACCGAAUGCAAAUGUUCCUUGGGGUAUUCGGGAGAUCGGUGUGAGGUAUCCCUGUGUCAAAACUUUUGCCUUAACGGCGAGUGUAUGGUGACUUCUGAAGGACAGCCUACCUGCAGGUGCAACAAUGGUUUUUCUGGAACAAGAUGUGAGGUCAUCGAAUGUAAAGGAUUCUGUUUGAAUGGUGGUACAUGUACUGUUGAAAACACACAAAAACCCACUUGCUCGUGUAAAAGUAAUUUUGAAGGCAAUAGAUGUGAGACUAAAAAAGUGCCGAUCGUUUUAAAGGAAACUUGCAGUUGCCCAAAAGAAAACAAAUCAAGCACAAUACAACAAGACACGCUUACAGUGAGCGACGAUGUUUACGUCGACUCCUGUGCAGGCUGGGAUUACGUGCGAGAUCCGAUUCUCAUGGUGUUGGGCAUCCUUUGUGGGCUCUUGUGCUUGGUUUGCGCUUUCCUCGUUACGAAGAUUAUGCAAUUGAAGAAAAGGCCGAGGAUCAAGAAGCGUAUAAUAGUGAACAAGAACGUGACUCCGCUCACAGCUCGCCCCGACCAAUGCGAGAUCACGAUAGAAAACUGCUGCAAUAUGAAUAUUUGCGAAACUCCGUGUUUCGAACCAAAAUCUACAAUAAGGCCGAGUCUACUAAACUCAAAGCCCGGAAAGGAAGAAAAGAGAAAUCUUAUUGCCAAUAUGGAAAAUCCGGACGACAUGUACUAACGCUUGAUACUUAUAUCUGUACUUACGUACGAUUUGGUAAAAAAUCCAAAGGUUUACCUAACAUAUUGUGAUAUUCGUUAUAGGCAGAGGCGAACGUUUAUUUUAAAUUGUCGUCAAAUUGUGCUCAGGUUUAAAAAACAAUACGCGUGAAAUAAUGUUUAUAUGAAUGGUACUUUUUUACUUUGUAAUAGAUGUUAUUUUUAAGUAACUUAAAAUCUGAGUACAAGCGAACUAGAUUUUAGGUUAUCAUUGUACAAUAAGAAAGUCUAAAUGAAGUCUGUUAGUUAUUAAGUGAAAUGAGUUUUGUAGAAAUUUUCUUUUUCGACCACACCGUGCCUUUUUGUAGAGUUGUGAUUAUUUUAUUGCACACUUAUUCGUCAAAAUAAUGCUAUUUUUAGCUCUCGUUGGUUGUCAAAUGGAUUUAAAAGUUUAAUUAAAAACGAUUUUAUUGCGCAGUUUAAAUUUAGAGCUGUAAUCGUGCCAAAUUAUUAUUUUAUUAAAUUGACAUUAAUGUAUUUUUUUUAAAUCAUUGAUUAAUAUUUUGUAUGUUUUUAUUUUCAUAAUAUCAUGUUAAAAGAAAAUCGAUUUUCAAAUAAAUCGAUUGUUAUCGGUUGUAUAAAAGGCUUAUCUUUACUCUUGCCCUAUUUAGUUACUUAAGUUUGAAAACAACACGUCUUUUUAAAAGGAUUUUGUGUUCAUAUCAAUUGUGUUCUUGUAUAAACUAUGAUUUGUAUGCAAUAUGUGAGCGUGCGCGAUGGGCCCUACUAUUGUAGUGCAGCUAUUAUUAAAUUAAAUAAAAAAAGCCUUAAUAAUACAGUGAACUUUUACCUGGUUAGAAAACAAUAUGGUAUUUUUUGGUUCGAAAUUUUUGCAAUUAUUUGCUUGAAAUAUGGCAAUAAGAAACUGACAAAAUUUUGUUGCAAACCGUAAAUUAAUUUUCUAUUGGAUUUUCUUAGGAAUGCAAAAAAAUUCAAUUAACUUAACAUUAAAUUGUAGAGUAGAAUUAUUGUGAACCUAAGAUAAAAUAUCAGACGUAUGAAUGAAAAGGUAAGUCUAAAAUAUAUCGUUUUUAUCUCAUCAUAAUGAGCUUCAAUUUACGUUAACAUCCAUUCCAACGUAUACACGUUUUAUAUCAAUUCUUUAAGAAUUUAAAAGAUAUCAACCUAUUUUUUUCUGUAUUUGCUUCGCAUAUUAGUGGUUUUAUGUAUCGAGUGAUAUUUAGUAGCGGUCCAAGGCACUUACUGUUCGUUUAACUGUGCCUCUUUUUCCAAGUUAAAAAUGCACUGAAUGUUAGUCUUUUAAUAAUUAACGUUCCUAUAAGUUUAGAAACUAAAUUAUGUAACAAAUUUGUUAUUAUUUUUGGUUAUUUGGCUUUUAUAUAUCGAACCAUAGAUAACAUUUUACAUUGACAUUUGAAUAUUGCCGGUCACAAAAAAUCGAGUUUCAUGCGUAAUUUGUGAAUCUCACACUUAUUUAUGUUUAAUUUUAUCCAAAUUAAAAACGGUUGGCAAUUAUUUCUUAAGUAUUAACGAUCAAAUUAUUUAUAAAAAUCCAAAGACACUGUUAACCGCUAGAGGCACCCUACUAUUAUUUAUUAUUGGCAUAGACCAGCAUAUAGGUGGUACUUAGUUGUGUAGUUAGAAAAUUUAUAUCAUAAUAGAUUUAGCUUAGUUCGUGGAUUGAUAAUAUCCACAUGAGAAAUGUGAUAUUAUUGAGUCUUUGUAUAAGCCUCUUUUAGAUAUAAACAAAUGUUUUAUUAUAAAAAUAAAGCGCUUUGCAAAGGU